CAAUCGUUGAAAUCGUAGUAACUCGGAGGAGGAAAUUCAAAAGAAAAGGAGAUGGAGAAAGGAAAAGGCGUGGUAACUCGUCGAUGGGCGAUCGAUUUCACCGAUAAUUCUUCAUCAUCAUCAGUAUCUCGUAGUGGUGGAUUUGAUGAUCCUCUUGGUUACAGUCGAUCUUCACAAGAACAGGAUGAUUCAACACUUAGUCGCCAGAAGAAAGAUGCUGAAGCUAAUUGGAAAUCACAGAAAGCUUGGGAAGUGGCCCAGGCUCCCAUGAAGAAUUUGUUUAUGAUGGGCUUCAUGAUGUGGAUGGCUGGAACCACAGUUCACUUGUUCAGCAUUGGAAUUACAUUCUCAGCACUUUGGCAGCCCAUUAGUGCCCUGCAAGGCGUUGGGAAGGUUUUUGAACCUUACAAGGACUCUAAAGUGGACACUCUGAUGCCUAAACUGGUUUUCAUUGCCUUGAAUUUGGCUGGUCUAGCAUUGGGUGUUUGGAAGCUAAAUACAUUGGGCUUGCUUCCAACACAUGCAUCAGAUUGGGUUUCAUCGCUGUCCCCUGCUCAGGAAGUCGAAUAUUCCGGUGGGGGGAUUCCACUCCAUUAUUGAUGCUUCAUGCAAAUGGUGGUUAAAUAAUGAUCAUUCCUAUAAAAAAAAUUGCACUAUCUUAGACAAGUGUUCCUCUUUUAUUAUCUCCUUUUCAUUUUUGAGAGUUGAUUAUGUUAGCAAGUAUCUUAAUUUAAUGGCUGAUGUUGCAGCUAAGCACUGUAGAAGAAAUGCUGUAAGUAGUGGAUGGAUAGUGUACCUUCCUUCCUCUCACAAACUGUGUAAUUCCUCUUUUUUAGUUCAUCAUUUUCCUAUUCGGUCGUGGUGGAAACAGAAUGAGGUGGCGGUGGAAAUCAACAAAACCCAAUCAUUUCUUUUCCACGUAAUAUUUUGUGUUUCUUUUCUAUAUUUUUUUCAUAGAAAAAGUAAUUUCGGUCAAUGUAGUAAACCCUUAACAAAUUCUUGUAUAUCUUUUCUUAUAAGAAAAAAGAACUGUAUGUGAACCUUCCUGUA